UCCCUCUCUGGUUUUUGAUGUGACCGGAGUGUUUUCUCAUAGGGACAGAAGGACUAGAAGAGGCUGUUGCUGAGAGCAGCGUGGCUCCCCUUGAUCCAAGGCAGGCAGCUCCCAUCAGCUAGCUGUGCCGGCAGAGUACAGUGAAAGGUGAUAGCUGUCACUCUGGGCUUCUUCCUAGAUCUGACCUGAGAGGAACAUUCACAGUCGAGGAGAAAGGGGAAAAAAAUAGAGGAGGAGGAAAGAAAAGCUCUUUGAGCUGGAAUACACUGGCCCUUUCUUCCUGGAGGCAAUCCGCUCUGGUUCUUGGCGACGUGUCCUGCACUAUCAGAUAUCAUAUGACUUUUUAUUUAGAUUUCUUUUUGGAGAAUGGCCUGUUAGGACUCUGUUUGUUUUCUUUUAUUUAAUUUCCUUCUCCCUUCACCCGCUAGUUUUGUGUAUGUGUGUCAGAGUGUGUGUGCAUGCAUGCAUAUGUGUGUGCAAUUUUUAUCUUUGUUUUUGUUCUGUUGAUCUGAUGCUUUAUUUAAGGACAAAGCUUUAAUUAUUUCAGUAUAGUGGUUUAAUCACUUGCCAAAAAGAAACCUCAUUCUGGGCUGCUUUUUUUGGGGGGUCCGUUUUUAAACACAUCCAUUAACACAGGAGACUGCAGCUCCUAAAUGUCUGCUGGUCAGACCUUGGCCCACUCCUCCCUCACCUCAGGCUCCCUCCUCCUCCCUCACCUUCAGGCUCCCUCCUCCUCCUCCUCCUCAGCAGCGUGCACAGCAGUGUGAGUUAGGAAACACCUGUGUGGAGUUGAGAGCGGAAUAAAAGUAGAGGCGACUUCUUCAAAUCUGUACCUAGUUUCACUUUAAUCAACUUUUGUUCAAUUCUUGAUUUUGCCCCCACCCCGGCACCCUCUGUUCAGCAAACAUCAGAGGUAGUUAAGGGUAUGUCUGUGGGGCUUUUGUGAGGCCAGCUGAGCACCCCUGGAAAGUGGAGCAGAAGUUGCAAUCCAUUCCGAGACUUAAGAAUUAAGUAAGAGGUUUAAAUAAGGUCUUUGAGAUCUGUGGGCUGUUGGUUCGGGGUUUGGUGAGAGAUGGUAAAUGGGAUAUUUAGGGCAUUCAAGGCAGAGAAGGAGAAAUUCCCAAACAGGAGAGAGGCAGGCAGGCAUUCCUGCUACAAUUAGUACUUUUAAAACCUUAACUCAAUCAAAUUUUUAUUUUGUGUAUCUCAAAAUUUAACUGACCAAUGUGUGGUCGACCGGCUACCUUUCCACGACAGCUGUAUAAAACAGUUAUACUGACAAUUAUUGCUGGAUUUGACCUAAAAUUCGAUGCUUUUCUUUUUUAGUUUUGAAGAGUUCAGAUUUUAGUUAGAAAAAAAAAAGCAUAACUUCUCUCGAUAUGCAUAAAGGUUGUCUAUACAUUAUUCUUGCCAUACAGAACAUACUAGAUCCUGAUUGUGUGGGGGUGUGUUUGUGUUAACAACACAAGACUGCCUUAAAGGUUCAGGUGACUGCUACAUGCUUUAGACCUGUAGUUUUUAGUUUCUUGUUACUUACUCUGAAAUUAUUUUUCAUGAACCUUUUCUGUGCUAUGUCUUUUCAUAACCAACGGUGAAUUUUGUUGAAACUUGAAGAGAAAUUUAUUCCACCCCUUUAAGGGUACCCAAAAGGGAAGGGAGAACUAUUCUCCUUCGACUCAAAAAAAAAUUUUUUUUAAAAACCUUUUUCCCCCAACGGAAAACUCCAAAACAGCUCUGUCUCAGAACGUUAAACUUGGCGUGGAUAAGAAAUUUUUAAAUGCAUACCAAGUGCAGUCUUCUGGAUGGCCACAGGUAAGGCUGUCGAUUUGUGUGAUCCUUCUCUGAGGCACCUUCAGUGAGUCUACUCAGUUUUCCAGAAGGGAAAGGGGCAAGAGCUGAGUUCAGACCUGGAUACCCUUCUAACUAUCAUAGAGAAAAAGUGAAUUGCCCACUAAGGCUUGCACACUGUACUUAGGAUGCAGCCGCUCUCUGUCCCCUGCCCCAAUGAACAUCUGCACUAGGCCCAAGCCUUGGAGUGAAUUACCUGAAGAGUGACACCAUUUAUCUGAAAACUACUAAAGUAUAAUUGAGAGGAAAGUGUGAAAGAAGUGCAAAGGGGAGACAAUAGAUGAGGAAACUGAAGCCCAGAGAGGUGAAGUGAGGUGCCCAAAGCCACACAGCAAGUUGCAGGCACAGCUAGUACCGUAGCUCAAGUCUCCUGACUCCCAGUCCAGUGCUCUUCCCAUUACUCCACGGGUCCUGUCUCUAAGCGUCCUGACAAAUGCUAGAACGGAAGAAACCCAAGACAGCUGAAAACCAGAAGGCAUCUGAGGAGAAUGAGAUUACUCAGCCGGGUGGAUCCAGCGCCAAGCCGGGCCUUCCCUGCCUGAACUUUGAAGCUGUUUUGUCUCCAGCCCUCAUCCACUCAACACAUUCACUGACAAACUCUCACGCUCACACCGGGUCGUCUGAUUGUGACAUCAGUUGCAAGGGGAUGACCGAGCGCAUUCACAGCAUCAACCUUCACAACUUCAGCAAUUCCGUGCUCGAGACCCUCAACGAGCAGCGCAACCGUGGCCACUUCUGUGACGUGACGGUUCGCAUCCACGGGAGCAUGCUGCGCGCACACCGCUGCGUGCUGGCAGCCGGCAGCCCCUUCUUCCAAGAUAAGCUGCUGCUGGGCUACAGCGACAUCGAAAUCCCGUCGGUGGUGUCAGUGCAGUCGGUACAAAAGCUCAUUGACUUCAUGUACAGCGGUGUGCUGCGAGUCUCACAGUCGGAAGCUCUGCAAAUCCUCACAGCCGCCAGCAUCCUGCAGAUCAAAACAGUCAUAGAUGAGUGCACACGCAUCGUGUCACAAAACGUGGGCGAUGUGUUUCCAGGCAUCCAGGAUUCUGGCCAGGACACACCAAGAGGCACACCAGAGUCAGGCACAUCUGGCCAGAGCAGUGACACGGAAUCAGGCUACCUGCAGAGCCAUCCACAACACAGUGUGGACCGAAUCUACUCGGCGCUGUACGCUUGUUCCAUGCAGAAUGGCAGCGGCGAGCGCUCCUUCUACAGCGGUGCAGUCGUCAGCCACCACGAAACUGCACUCGGCCUGCCCCGUGACCACCACAUGGAAGACCCCAGCUGGAUCACACGCAUCCAUGAGCGCUCCCAGCAGAUGGAGCGCUACCUGUCCACCACCCCUGAGACCACACACUGCCGCAAGCAGCCCCGGCCUGUGCGCAUCCAGACCCUGGUGGGCAACAUCCACAUCAAGCAGGAAAUGGAGGAUGACUAUGACUACUAUGGGCAGCAAAGGGUGCAGAUCCUAGAGCGCAAUGAAUCCGAGGAAUGCACGGAAGACACUGACCAGGCCGAGGGCACAGAGAGCGAGCCCAAAGGUGAAAGCUUUGAUUCCGGGGUCAGCUCCUCUAUUGGCACUGAACCUGACUCAGUGGAGCAACAGUUCGGAGCGGGAGCCUCCAGGGACAGUCAGGCGGAACCCGCCCAACCUGAGCAGGCAGCAGAAGCCCCAGCUGAGGGCAGUGCCCAGCCAAACCAGCUAGAAACAGGUGCCUCCUCUCCGGAGAGAAGCAACGAGGUGGAGAUGGACAACACAGUGAUCACUGUCAGUAACAGCUCUGAUAAGGGCGCCCUACAACAGCCUUCAGUCAACACAUCCAUUGGGCAGCCAUUGCCAAGUACCCAGCUCUAUUUGCGCCAGACAGAAACGCUCACCAGCAACCUGAGGAUGCCUCUGACCUUGACCAGCAACACACAGGUCAUUGGCACAGCUGGCAACACCUACCUGCCAGCCCUCUUCACUACCCAGCCCGCGGGCAGUGGCCCCAAGCCUUUUCUCUUCAGCCUGCCACAGCCCCUGACAGGCCAGCAGACCCAGUUUGUGACAGUGUCCCAGCCCGGCCUGUCUACCUUUACUGCACAGCUGCCAGCGCCACAGCCCCUGGCAUCAUCUGCAGGCCACAGCACAGCCAGUGGGCAAGGCGAAAAAAAGCCUUAUGAGUGUACUCUCUGCAACAAGACUUUCACAGCCAAACAGAACUACGUCAAGCACAUGUUCGUCCAUACAGGUGAGAAGCCCCACCAGUGCAGCAUCUGUUGGCGCUCCUUCUCCUUGAAGGAUUACCUUAUCAAGCACAUGGUGACCCACACCGGAGUGCGAGCCUACCAGUGCAGUAUCUGCAACAAGCGCUUCACCCAGAAGAGCUCCCUCAACGUGCACAUGCGCCUGCACCGCGGGGAGAAAUCCUACGAGUGCUACAUCUGCAAGAAGAAGUUCUCCCACAAGACCCUGCUGGAGCGCCAUGUGGCCCUGCACAGUGCCAGCAACGGGACCCCUCCCGCAGGCACGCCCCCAGGUGCCCGCGCCGGCCCACCGGGCGUGGUGGCCUGCGCCGAGGGGACCACUUACGUCUGCUCCGUCUGCCCAGCAAAGUUUGACCAAAUCGAGCAGUUCAACGACCACAUGAGGAUGCAUGUGUCUGACGGAUAAGUAGUACCUUUCUCUCUUUCUUAUGAACCAAACAAAACAACAACAAAAGAAAUAAACAAACAAACAAGCAAACAAAAAGCUAUGGCACUAGAAUUUAAGAAAUGUUUUGGUUUCAUUUUUACUUUCUGUUUUGGUUUUUGUUCCGUUUCAUUUUGUACUACAUGAAGAACUGUAUUUUGCCUGCUGGUACAUUACAUUUCCGGAGGCUCGGGUGAAUAAUACUUUUCCCAGUCUCCCUUGGAUGGUGGCCUUAAGGCCUGGUAGUGCUUCAAGAGGUCCACUGGUUGGAUCUCUAGCUACUGGCCUCUAAAUACAACCCUUCUUUACAAAAAACAAAACAAAAACAAAAAAACAAAACAAAAACAAAAAAAGCAAAAAACCACACACACAAAAAAACAAAAACAAAACAAAAAAAAUCUUUUAAAAAAGUUUAAAAAAAGUUUAAAAAAAAAAAGAAAAAUUGUUUUUCCACUCGUGAAGAGCACUACAAAAUCUAUAAGGAGAUGUAAAAGGCCUGCUGUCUUUUAAGUACACCGCUCACAGUGUUUCAGUGGACAUUUCACAAUUCUGGCCACGUGGACUUCACAGUAACCAGUUCAAACUGUGGAAUAUCACUUCUGGUUGAAAACCCAGAGGAAAGGCCCUGCUAUUUCCACCUACAUGUUAUUAAAGGGCUGUGGGAUGGGAGGGGUCAGGGAACCCAGUGGUGUGGAGACAAAGUGGCGGGCAGGCUUCUCCCCCAAUUCUGCCGGCUCCACACACCCUGGCUCACCUCCUCCACCUCCCUCCCCCCACCCUUUCAGCAGAAGCCAGAAGACUUGGACAAGCAACAGUGGCUAUCGUAUUUAUUCAGUGUCUUUGCUGGGCCACGGCCUCAGCACAAUCAAGAGGGACUUUCAUGAAAGGCAGGAAUGCAGAGAAAACGUAACAGAUUCGCACCUAUGUUUCUAGGUACAAGAGAAGGAUUAUUUCCAACAACCUUUGCAAAAAAAAAAAAAAAAAAAAAGUGUCAGGAUAUAUUCUUGUGGAAGAGAAAAAGAAAGAGAAAUGGAGGGUGGGGGGAACGAUUAAAGUUCUUGAGGCUUUUUUAAUUCAAAAUUUUAUAGAGGGGCAAAAGUGAUGUUUACCAGAUAGAAUGCUGAUUUUUUUAAUAUAUUUACAACAGUAUUUGUGUAAAAAAAAAACAAAAAAGUGAGAUUGUUAAAAGUAAUUUUUUUUCUCAUUUUGGUUUUGCAUACACUGCCACCAAUCCCUUGUCAUUUACUUUGUCUAUCACACACAUAUAUAUAUAUAUUUUUUGGUAAGUCAAGACUGUUAAGGUUAGCGAUACUGCUUCCAGAUAGAAAGAAUAAAAGGCAACUAAAGUUAUAUUUGAAAGAGAGGAAGGAUAUUUUCUUCAUAUUUUUUUCUUAAUUUUUUAUUAUUUUAAGUAUUGCCUGGGUUGCUGAGGGCCCCAGAGGCCCACACACCCCUGCUGUAACUUCAACUGCUGCUCUGUUUUGCUGUGUAGAUCUUUGACUUCUAGCAAGCUUAAGUUGUUCCACUGAAUAUUUUUUCAUCGAUCCAUCUAGAAUUCUGUCCUUUUUCAUGGGAGGGACAUGAUCUUUUAGCCAAUUUCUUACUUUCCCAAAAUUUUCAAUGAGCUGUUAGGAUUCUAGAGUUUCCAGUGACCUUGCUUUUUUUUCUUUGAUGAAACACUAGUAGUCUAGAGAUCUUGACAAAGGGGUUUGUUUCGUUCAUGGUCAGCCAGGAGGACUCCACAAAACUCUACCCUCCCACUGCGUGAACGCCACUCUGAGAAGCCUGUUACAAACGACAGUGCAUCGAUGCCAAAACUCCUUUCCUCCUUCAGACCUCACCUUGGACUCUUCCCACCAUGGCUCAGAGGGUGAAGUAGGAUGAUCAUUCUUUAGUUGAUUCUUAACCCUUGCUUUUGGAUGUUAACAAUUUCCCUGUGCUAACAUCCAGCUUCCAGAAGGCCCUGGAUCUCUGGCCUCAUCCCAGAUGCCACUCUUUCUAGUUGAGAUUCCUCUCCGUGGUCUUGAUCAAGAAAUCCUAAGAUUUUCCAGUUAUAUACAGUGUCCUAAAGGGAUUCCAGCUCAAAAAUAGGACUUUCAAAACCUAGCUAACACUCACAAAGUAAUUUCAUGAUGGGGCAUGUUUUAGCAUACUUAAAAGGAAAAAUAAAUAUUCCAAUAAUGCAGAAACACCAAACUACGCUUUUAAAAAGAAGAAAAGAGAGGAUAUUUUUGUUUCUAAAUUACUCUACAUUUUAAUUUAAUUUUCCUCCUAAUUUUCCUGUUAGCAUUUUAUUUACAAAAAAAAAAAAUGCAGCAAACGAGGGAAAAUCUUCCAAGGCAAGCAACUCUGUAAUGACUAAAUUGGUUUUAUUCAUAUAUUUUAGACAAUUGGUUAAGUUGGAUCUUUUCCAUAUGUUCUUUGUGAUGUUUAGUAGUUUGUGCAACUGGAGUGUUUUGUGGAGUUUGAGUCCGUCUUACGGUGCUUCAUUCAGUGGCUAUUUUGCUAGAAGUUGUAGUGUGGAUUUGGAUGGUUAGCUGACUGCUAAGAAUCACCCAUCAUGAUUGCUAAGAGGACAACCAAGAACUUGUGUGACCUGUUUUAAAAAUGAGCUUCAGAAAUGCAGAAGCCCUCCCCAGCCCUCCCGCCUGCUGGUUUUGCUGUUGGAAGGGUCAGUGAGGACUUCAAGUUUCCUUAGCACCAAUAGAAGGAGCAUUAAGUAACUACAUCAUAGAAUCAUUUUCAUAUUUUGAAAAAUGAGUCAUUUAGCCUAUUAGAAAAAAAACGACUGACAUUGUGAUAAUUUUUUUAAUCUGGAGGGAAAAAGACAUGAAAUCACUCAUCAUAUAAAACCAAUGAAAGAAGGUCAAAACCUAGUUUUAGUUAUUUUCACUGUUGUCAGGGGUACAUUUAAAAUAGUGUCUCUAUUCAAACCUUAGCACAGUGGGCAGAGUUCAUAUUGUUUCUAGGAAAGCUUACCUUGAGUACCAUCAGGCUAUACUUCCCCAUCUACUUCUUAAAUCUGACAGAGACCCAUUUGCCUUAUUGUCAGAAGCUAAGCAACUGGGUUCAAAAUCCAACCUUUGUGGUAGAGCCUGUAAGGAAAAGAAGAGGUGUCUGGAAACCCUGUACACAUCCUUUUCUUAGAAAAGGGAAUAUCUCCUUUAAGAAAGGGUGUGGAUGUCCCUAAAGAAUUCUUGGUACUACUGUCUAGGCUCAUUCCUACUGUAUUUUUUUCUCCCAAACGUCUCAUGGCCUAAAGUAUUUGACAUUGUUCUCUAGAACUGGGAGCUCUCAAGCAAAGAUGCUUCUAUGGGCUAGUGACAUAUAUCUAGCCACUAAAGGGCUGCUUUCCAUCUGACCCAUGUCUUAGGAGACCAACCCACUGCACCUAUUCCAGAAGAUACAGGCGCUUGAUUGCCGCGCACCCCUGCUGUCACGGUCACGAACAAGGGAGGGGUGAGAAAGAGGCUUCUCAUUGUUUGGUUCCCAGCCCUACAGUUUUUAUGAUGGGAUGCUUGUAAAACUAGAGAAGGAAAAAAGGUCUUUUUAGUAUUCAGGAAAAAAUACACAGAGAGAGAGAGAAGCAGAAGUUCUAGACAGAAGACCUUAAGAGAAGUUUGAGGAACAAGAGCUGGUAUGCAAAAGAACACUAGUGUAAUUUUUUUUUAACAAUUUAUGAUUUUUAAAUGGAAUUUGUUAAGUACAAAGACAGAAAAAAGUCUGAGGAAUGUUUGUCUUAACACAUUUAUAUAGAAAUUAUGAAAAAUAAAAUUCCCUAGCUCUAAAAACAUUGGUAGUGUCUCAGCAUGGUGGGUAGUUUUUCCUGUAUUAAGUACCAACAUUUGUACAAAAAAGAGCUCCUAACUGUAAAAAUAUAUCCCCCCAAAAGACAAUAAUAACUAAUGAAUGUUCAGUUCUACAGUUAAAAACAAAACUGAGAAACAACCCCCCCCCCCCACGAAUCUGAAAUGAAAAUCUAUAUCAAAGUAUUUUCAUUAUUGUAAACCUACCCUCUUCACAGCCAUUUUGCAGGCUCUCCCAUCCCAGUUCUGUUUGCCAGCAGUGAGGGUGGUAAGUAGCCCUGGCUCAUGUCUCAGAUGUACCAUUCCUUCCUCCCUGUAUCUAGGAGGUGACGGUAGCUCUUGGCCUUAAAAAGACUUGGGUUUGCCUUCUUUCUCUAAAAGUCAGAGCUUUAUUUUAUGUCCUGACGCCAUGUAAGGGCCAAGAAAACCCUCUGCAAACCACAAACAGGGAGAGUGUAUCUGAGACUUAAGGAGCAAAAGGUGUCCUCUGGGUGUGCAAGCAUGUUUCUGUGUCAGUCUUCCUGUCGGGAUCUGCAUGUGCUUCCAUCUCACACACCAGCCUGUGUCCUGCUCAUGCCCCAAAGCAGUGUUUCCUGUCAGCAUAGGCAUUAAAAGGAAAGUGGUACCUCAUAAAACCUGGGUCCCCAGGAAAAUGCAGUAAAGUUCCUGGUUACUUUCCUAUUGCAACCCUCUAAGACACUCCCAACACCUUUGCCCCAGGAAUGAUGAAGUAAGAUCAACCUGGCCAGGAGGUAGCAGAUUGGCCCGUUCUCAACCUUCCCCGGAUGUUGCAGAAGGAGUCAUUCGAUUAGUUAGGGCUGGCCAUACAGAGUGUAUGGUUCUACAGCAGAUCCCAUCAGGCAGGCUCUGCUGUGACCAGUGUGGCAGCUGCAGCAAAGGAAACAAAAAAGUGUAGCCCAUGAGCAGACAGGAGAUGCCCUGUGGGGGAAGAGAACAGAGGGUGGGUGCCUUUUCCGCUGUGACUUGACUCUUAACAGAAACUCUCCAAAAAGAAUUCUUGAAUUUAGUAAUGAGUUGAAGUCCAGGGUAGUGGAAGCUCUGGGGAGGAGAACAAAAGAAUUGUACAAUGUAUUCAGUACCCGACAAUACCAAACCAGAAGACAUCCAAUCACAAAGCUAGGAAGUUUGGCAAGAGGUACUUGGGGAAACCUCCAGCCUUUUGCAUGGGUAGGGUCCGCAGACUUUCUUUUGAGUGAUUUCUGGCUCGGAGAAACCUCUUUACUCACUAGAAAAGAACUUUAUUUAAAUGGCCAAUUUUGUCCCCCAGGGGGAAAAAAAAAGAAAAAUUUUAAAAAGACAGAAAAGAAAAAUAGGACACUAAAGACAGAACCAUGUGAGUUGGUAACAGACAAAAGAAAGGGGGCACUAGAAUUUCAAUGGACUCCCCAAUUGGAUAGGGAGGGAAAAAAAAAAAAAGCUACCCAGGGGCCUCCCAGCUCCAGACUCCCAGUCUGCUGGGAGGGGACAGAGUGCUUGAGCUGACCCAGCUGCUGGCUUUCUGGGGCUGGACAUAAUUUCCCAACUGGGACCCUGACAACCCCCACUUUCGUUCUGUGUUUUCAUAAGGAAAAAGGACUGUUCUCGUAGGUGGCAUGGGGCAAACUUUCAAAAACAAGCUCUGCCUGUGCUUAGGCUGUCCCAGAAGAGCCUCAGCCUAGACAUGUGAAUCCUUAAGUAUUCCCAAGGGCUUUGUGUGCAGUUACCAUUUCCAGUAUGUCUCAAGCCUCCACAAGAGGCAGACUGUGUUCCUGUAGAGUUGCACAUGUGAAAGUUACUAACACAAAGCAUCACUUCUAGCACAAAGAUCAGCCCAAGCCAAAUACCCCAAGGGGUCUCUAAGUUUCUCAAGAUGCUUUUCUGCUUGACCCCUGAAUCCGCAGCAGAAGUAAUGUGCAUUACUAAGUCCCAGGGAUGGCUGUGGGACUUUCCAUUCCCUCUGAGGUGAAGAGGCAAAGAUGAAGGCUUUCAGGGCACAUGUUCUUUUUCAGAACCACACUGAAGGAGGAAUAGAAACCCCAGGACUAAAACAAGAGUCUUAACACAUGGCUGACCGACAGCUGCCCUUCUCCCGUGGCUUCUUCAGACCCCAUCUGUUGCACCACUGAAGUAACCUCAGCUAAGGAAUUUUAAACCAUUAGGUUGUAGAAUUAUUGCCUUAAGUUAUAAACCCUGGAGGAAAGCAGACAAAAAAAAAUACAGAAAAUGAAAGGCUGUGAAGAUAGAGACAUUUCUUACUUUUUAAUGGUUCCAUAAUCACAAAAAUAAGCUCUAUUCAUGACUGAGGACUAUGGAAACAGUGACUUCCUGGGGAGGCACCAAACUUGUAGGGGAACCGGCUGCUUUCAGGAAGCAGCUAUUUCCUGUCGACUCUAUUUCAUUGGUAGGUCGAGGCUGAAUAUAAAAUAAGCAUGUUGCUAAGGAGCGAGUCCCGUUAAACAUAAUCACAGGUGCCUGGAUGAGUUUUUAAAUGUCUCCUUAACGGGGAGAACAGUCGCAGCAUACAGCUUUCUUUUUUAUAAAAUCUGUAUCUCUAGUCUGCACUUUGUUCCAUAUCAGUUUUGGAGUGCAUUUCAUUUAUCUUGGGGGUCUUCGUUUAAAUGCAAAAUCAAAACUUUCAAGUUUUUAUUGACGAGGCAUAAUCUGCAGAACAUAGACAAAAGUUAGCCAUAACCAUGAAGCCCCAGCCUCGGCAAUGCCUGGGAACAGUCAAUCUCUCCUUGGAUCUCUUGUGAAUUGAGAGGUUUCUUGCUUCAGAGUACUUCCAUGAGAUUCUGAUACUCCUGCAGCAGAGAGAAAAAAGAAUUGACCCCACAGGAGACAUCUGUUUUUACUGCGGUUGCAACAGUUGUUAUAGCCCGUAGCAUCAGUGAUACGCACACAGAUGCUAAUAACAGAAGUGGCUUACCCCAUCCAGUUUGUCACAGCUGCUGGCCAGAAUGUCUGUAGAUGAGUGCACCUUAUACAUGUGCACACGUGGUGUGAGGUGCUCAUACCACGAAACUUCAUUCAUAUUCUCCAGUGACAGCAGCAUAGACUUGGGAAUUUACAGCUAGAGUCAAAGGCCUGAUGCCGUGCACAUACCUGCUUUCUCCUCUGUUACCUUGGUUGGGUGCAUCAGUAUCCGAGGUGAGGCUUUAGAGCAUUGGGAAGUAGCCCAACCAUCAGUAGUUUGUGUAUAGCCUUUUGAGAAGAAACUUGAACAAAUGCUACACUUCUGUGGAUUUACUGGUAGAAUGUGUGUGUAUGUGUGUGUGCACAUGCACACGACUACGCACAUUUGUAUGUUUGUGUGUAUUUCUGUUGUCUGGGUGUGUGUGCAUCUCUCAAACGAAUCACACCCAGGCAGAGUUCCUGGUGCAUAGAUACAGUUGCCUCUUCUACCAUUGUGCUCAGACUCAUGGCUCUCUUCCCAGGAAGUAGUCACCUGCCCACUCUGUUGCUUUUUGUAGCUUUUCAGAGUUGGGAGAAACAAAGGCAGCUUGUUGGCUCCACAGCAAACCCACAGGGACAGGCUGUUUCCCUCCAGAAGAGGGUUGAGUACACAUAUUCAACCAGGGAGCAGACCAGAGGGAGCCAUCCAAGGCACCUUUCAGAACUCCCAGAGGAGAGGCACCCAUCCAAGCAGGUAGCACCCAAGCAUCCCAGGAUUAAGCCUGAGCUCAAAGGCCAUUCCUGGCCUCCCUGGAACCUUGGAGGCUUUAGAGGAGCGUGAUCUGCAGAUAAUAAAGUCUAGCCCCAGGCAUGAAGUCCCAGCUCACAGCAUGUGCACACACUCACACACAGGAACUACAUGGGAGUCCUGCUCCCAAACUGAAACUCCCUGAUGCUGCCUGCACCUGCAGGGCACCACUGUCACUCACAGGCUGUAUCUCCUGAAACCAGUGUGGCCUUCACCCGAGUCUUUCCAGGAUGCGUUGUUUACCAUGUCUAGCAAACCAAUAGAAUAUCAGAGGAUAGCUUGAGGGGAAUCUGUAAGACUCAGCGGCUCUUGCCUAUGUCAGACACUAAAGUCGAAUGUUACCCUAGUAUAAUAUACUGAAUGACUGGACUUAGCUCUCAUAGGUAACUCUUGAUGGCUUGAUGAGCUGGAAACAGUUGGCUUUAGUUUUCUCACUCCCAUGCCCUUCUUUUACUAGAUGGUUUCUUUCCUUCCCUUUUUUUUGUGAUAUGUAGAUUAUUUCUGCUUUACAGAAUUCAGAGGACCUUCUUUCCUCUUAUGUUUUAGUGACAUUUCCCCUUCCCAAUGCAGUAAGGCAAUUAUUUUUUGUUUGUUUGUUUGUUAUUUUUCAAAUGUGUAUUGUCUUUCUGUAUUCAAAAGAAGUCUGUGACCGUAACCACAGGUAUUUCUUUUUACUGGAAAAAAAAGUUCAUUUCCUGUUUUUGUUUUUAUUGUUUUAAUUAACAGUACUAGUGACUUUGUGAAAGACUAUGGUUACUAUUUAGGUAUGCUUACUUAAGUACAAUACACUACAUUGCAGUGUUUCUGAGACCUAGAACAUACACAUUAUAUAUAACAACUCUGUAUUGAAAUAUAUUACAUUAUAUUCUUUUUAACUUUGAAUCUGCAAUGAUCAUGAGUUGAUUGAAAUAUUAUUUCUUCACAUAUAUCACCCAUCACCACCUGCUGCAGUUAAUCUGGUGCAUUUAAUGACCAUUAUGGUUCUAAUUUGCUUUUUAUAUUAUCAGCUUCAGUAUUGUCUUUAGAAGAUUUUAGGAUUUUUUUUUUAAGCUCAGACUUAGCACAUGUAAGAAAGUGAAAACUGUUUAAACUUUAAAAAAUUAUUUUGCUGUGGCUAAUACAAAGAAGUUCAUAUUCCAUGUGAUCUUGUUUAGCUGACCCUGUCAACAUCUGAAGAACAAAGGAAGUACAUAUGAACGUAUCUGUGACCUUCCUCUUUAGGACUGCCAUCGUCUAUAUUUGCUUUAAUAAAUAAGACCAAGAAGCUGCGUGUCCAUCACAUGACCUGACCAACUAUCCUAAGCUGCAUUUCGAAGGGCUGCUUUGGUGAGAAGCAAAGACAGGGAAAUGCCUUGCUGUCCCAGCUGUAUCUCCACACACUGCUUUUCAGUAUUGAUCCUUCACUGUCCACUCUCUCUUUGGUAUGCCGGCCAUUAUUUUCAUUAGUCCGCAGCAUUUCCCUGGAGGCAUCUUGGCAAUACACUGUUCAUUUCCCCAGGAGAUUUAUUUUUAAACUAAAACCACAUUUCUGGACACUUUUUAUUGACAGAACUCAAAAACAUAUAUGACAUUUUCCAGCUUCGGUGGCUCUUGGUUCCCUGGUCCUCAGCAUGUCUGCUUGCUUUCUUCCAAGGGGGCAUUCAGAAAUCAGAUAACCUGUCUUCUAACAGAAGCACUUUCAGGUCAUCUUUUCAAUUAGGAACUUUCUUAUUCCAUCUAUUCCAUCCAAAAGUCUGGACAUCAGAAUCAAAUCAGCCGAAUCCCAUCUCAUCCUUCACACUCUGUAUUCAGGACAAAACGAAGUAGAAAACCUCCCCGUGGUGGACCAAUAUUUAGGCUUCUCGAUGUGAAUGUGCCACUUUCUCCUUCAAUCUUCCAUCAUCAAUUAUUGUCUUGAUGUCUCAUCACAUUCUGCUGUGCCUAUCCAGUGUGUCUCUGCCCCCAUCCCACCCACACCCUCUUUAGCAUCUUCCAUUUGUGAUGCCUGGCAUUCAUUAGGGAGCUCUCCUUUAGUCUCCUUUGAUGGUGCUAAACUAAAACCGAGAGGGAAACUGCUGGUGUCUCAUCUGUUUUCAAUGAGAGACAUGCCAGCCGAAGAGCGUGAUUCUGAACUGAGUGAUAGUGAGGCUGUCCCCUCAGUGAUCAGGUAUGAGGUAAUUUGUCCCAACUCCAUUAUUUUUGCUUUUCUUUCCUUGCCACAUUCUCAUUUCUUCUUGUUUCUUUUUAAAGGUAACUUUGAGCUACCCAAUCAUCUCUUCAGUACUCCCCCCCCCAGAUUUUACAUUAUGACCCCCAACUGUUCAUGUCUUUCUUUCCACCCUUCUUAGCAUCUUUCUUUAAAUGAGUUCAUAAACUUGAGACUCGUAGGCAGAAUGAAACAUGUCUUCAUUUCAGCUUCAGAUUUUAAAGGUUGUCAGUAUCUUUUGAGAGUAGGAGGACCUGAGUCACAGUUUUAAAUGUCAACUGUACUAGUUGAGAUCAUUAAUUCCUCUCGCCUUUACAUUAAACCAAAGAUAAGUAUUUUCUGUUUUUUUUUUAAAUACCACAAUUUUCAGAUUCUUGAUAUGAGUAGACCAUUUCUGAGGGAGGAAAAAAAAACCCAUGUUGAUUAUUUCUGAUUGUGCUAAUAUUUAGCCAGUGACAUGUUUGCCAGAUACUAGAUUUACAAGAGUCUGAAUAAAGAGGUAAAAUUUCAAAGUAACUUUGGUAGCUAUUUAUGUCAAAAGCCACUUCCAUUGAAAACAAUGUAAGAAAAGUUUGAAAGAAUUUCUUCAUGUAUUACAUUUUUGAAAAGCCAAAUAUUGGUUGGUCUGAAACUUUGAGGGGUAAUUUAUUAAGGAAUAAAAGGACCUAUAAAAUUUAUCAAAUGCCUGUUUUAUAAACAAAAAUUGCCUUGACAUAAACAUACUGUAUGUUAAAAAAAAAAAAAAACAAGAAUAAGGCUGACUGGGUCCUGUGUUAGAUUUGAUUUGAGGACUUGGUUUAUAAAUACACGGUAUGUUAUUUGGCCAUCAUUCUAGAGCUCAUUCCAGUUACAGCUUUCUGGUCUCCAGAACACUGAUGAAGAAGACUGAAGUCAUUGUGGGUGUAGCCCUUUGGGGAUACUUGUAAUGUCAUUCCACAGUGACCCUUUAGCACAAUGCCCUGACUCCCCAUGAUACCACAUUGUCCCUCUGCUCAUACGAAGAUGGAGUCUGAGACAGUUUGGAGUACCUAGGCACUCACUUCUUGCUCUACCUUGACACUCAAAAUCUACACUUAAUAUGAAAAAUGUAUUGUCACUCAGCUUGAGGCUUGAUCCAGCCUUUGUCUUAAAACAGUUUUUAGCAUCAGUUCGCACACAGAGAGCAAUGAGAUAAACGGCAAGUCCAGAAGUCUUCCUGAGGCCGGCAUCUCUCAGGAAGCCACCAUGUCUUAAGGCCAGUGUUUGCGUUGCUGAAGACUGUGGUCUUUGCUUGGCAUGUCCUCCAACCUAGUCUUCCCUUCAUCUCUUCCUUUUGCCCUUUGGAACUCCUGCCAUCUCUUUUGAAAGUAUUCUGUAUCUAAAGAACACUUGUCCUCUGGCACUGCUUUCUGAAGGCACAGAAGUCUCUUUCAGAUCACCCAAUACUGUCAUCUCAAGUGCAGUGUAGAGUGGGAGAGUCUGGAUCGGAAAGAUCUCAUUCGGUCCAGUUGAUCUAGGCUGCCUUCUUACCGUUGUUCCUUCAAGCUGUCCAAGAGGUCCAACCUUAACACCCAGGAUUUCUCACCAGAACCUCUUAAGUUUGUCACAGAUGAAUGUCUAAAUCCUGUUUAAUAUUCUAGAGGCUCCAGGGUGUGAAUUCUUAUUGCUCAGGAGCCUCCUGUUUUUACAAGCUGGCACCUGUCAAGAGCACCAACAGCCCCGGCAGUAACUAAUGCAGCAAAAGAAUGGUCAGAAACGCUAUAGUGUAUAUUUGAGAGAUUAGCAAGUGAUUUUUUUCUUCUUUUACCCAUUUUUUUAAAAGCCUGCAUACCACCCCACAACACAUUUCAGAAAACCUGCAUCUCAUUUUACAGUUAAGUAGUUUUAGUUUUGUGAAUGUAGAUUAGGAAAUGUUCUGGAAUUGAAGCUGGUAGCAAACAAGUUUAUUUUCUGCACUGGACGUUAGGACAAGUGUGUAUGGAUGCAAUUCCUUCAAAGAAAGUGAAACGUGGUAAAGCAAAGGGACAAUACUUUUACACAUUAAAACAGUUGUCUGCUAUCUGUAAACCUUGAUUUAAGCAUAAUUAUUACUUUGUAGAAAUUUGAAACUGGAGGAAUGUGUAUUUUAGUAGAGUUUGUUUGUCGAUUUGUUUUUCUUUAUGUCUUUCUUCUCAAGCUAGGGAAAUGUUUGGAUUCUCUGAUUUGACCCUGUCCCUGCACAUCAGGUGCCUGCCCCCCACCCCACAGUAGUCAUUUGCCUCUUAGGAAAGCCUUCAAUCUUCCGCUGAGAAGUCCUUUCUCAUGAAAGUCGUAUGUUCCUUUUCUCCUGUCACUUAAAGCUUUGAGAAGAGAUUCUUUCUGCACUUUGGGGAUGGAAUAGUUAAAACAAAAAACUGUUCCUUGAAUAAGAAACUCUCUUUAUUUAAACGAACAGGUCUGGGGCCAAAGAAUGGAACUGACUGCUGUGGAAAGUCAUUCUUGUACUACAGAUGGUCAUUGCUUCCUCAAAUCCUUUUUGGAAUACAUCUGGGGAUAAAUUUAUUUUCUCUUAUUGGGAGGUUUCUUAUGAGUAUCUAGUACAGAAUUCCUAGAAAGGAAAAAGAAUGAGCAUUAAUUAAAUAUCAUCUAAUCUGUCCAUUUUCACAAUGGUAGGGAUUUCAGUCCUGUUCAUUUUAAGCUGUCUAUAUUCAUAAGGUCUUAAGUAUGGAAACAUCUACUUCCGCUUCACUCCUAACUCCUCCCUGGCACUGAGAUGGACGUAAGCAGGAAAUCUCCACACUGCCAGUGCUUUUCCUGUCCACACCCAGCAUCACAAAAGAGAAAAACACCAAAUUAAAAAUGGGGAGGGGUCUUAGUACUACUCAUCUGAAGAAUACUCUGUGCAACUCAGCUUAACUUACAAAUCGCUGGACAACCUUUUAUAACCUGACUUUUGUGCUAUAGUUUACAUUCUUGGCUCAAACUUGGGAAAUAAAUGCAAUUUCAAUUAAGUGAACAGAAGGAAAGCAGGGGGAGGGCAGGGUAACUCAAUGGAACUAAACUGGUACAAUUCUACAUUCUUGAAACCUGUUUUCAGGGUUACCAAAGAAUGACCUCACCCUGGCCCUGUCAUUCUUUCCCAUCUCUCUUUUUGAUGGUUCUGAGAAUUAAUACAACUAUACUCUUUUGUAAUUUGUGACUUCUCUUCAUGCUAUCAAGACUAUCUAAAGCAUGUAUAGAAAUCCUUGACUGCUCUGCACCUAAUCUGCUCUCCAGGGAACAUGUGAUGUGUGCAUACAGAUAACCAAAAAUGGACUAAUGCUUCAAUAAGGUUUUGCAAUAGUCUGAAGUGCUUUAGCUCACAGCAAGGGGAUCUUUAAAAACAAAGCUCGCUGUUCUACUCUUGGCUCUUCAUGGGACAAAUCUUGGCUUGGAAUCAGCAGUAGAGUCAAAGGAGAAAAUGCCCAAAGAUGUUUGAGCAGUAAAAUUUCAUCCUUACUCCCGUUGAUUUAGACUUCAAGUUUCUAGAGGAGCCUAUUAAAGUAUACAUUAAGGAUAAUUUGCUUAGGCAUAUCUAAUUAAGAUCCAUUUUGCACCAUUGUUAAAGAAUUGUGAUUGUCAGGUGAACAGGGAGUCUCUCAUAGCACACAAAGGUAAGAAGCCCAUGACAGAGAAGGUCUACAAUUGCUUUGUUUUUAAAAGCCCCACAGUGCCAAACGUACUUGUUUCUCUCUAUCUGACACUACAUGUUGAUUCUCCUCAAAUGCCAGCAUGUGUGUGUGGGUGUGAGCAGUCAGGCCGAUUCACAUGUGCAGAGGGAGGUUUCAGAUACACUGACGAGAGAUCUUGAGGGUUACCACAUACCAAGUGCUUCUCCAGAUUCACCCACAUGGUGAAUCCCAAACUGACUCUGUCAACUUUCAGAAAGACAUAAGCUCCAUAAGAAAUUCCACUGCAAAGGUUUUCUUUUUUAAACAGAAUAAUCCAAGAAGAGUUACAAUGUAGAACCUGCAUUUUCGUAUAAUAAUUCACUUUGUAUUUAAUAGUUCUGCUUUUUGCAUAAGUGUCACUGAGUCAUUUGUACCAAUUUACAAUCCAUCAUUUUGAGAGAGGCCUUGCAAAUUUCUGUGUAUGUAGACGUAUGUCUAUACUUCUGUGUAGCCAGACAAAAACAAAAACAAAACCAGAAUGACAUGAGUGAAAAGUAAUCAAUGCCGAAAGCAGGCCUAUUGAUACUAUGUAAGGUGGCUGCUGCUUGUAGACCUUGACGAAUAGCUGAUUCUGCUUCUCAAAAAGAGCCCUGCACUGUUAAAUUUAGGACUGAGUUUUAGGAAACAGAAAGGCUCUUGCUCUUCUUUCUGUACUCAUCUCCUUAAUAUCAGUCACCUGCCAUGAGAAACCCAUUAAGUAAAAGCACUACUGACCUUUUCAUUGAGAAGCCAUUUUCCUCCUCCAACUAGUCCCCUUGAUUGCAACUCAACUGUAUGCCUUUCUUUUCUGCCUACCGGCUCAAUGCUUUCUAGAAGAAUACAGAGGUACAAGCUGGUUGUUUCUCUCCUUUGAGCGGAAACAAACAGGAACCACAAAAGAGAUGAGUCACACAAGUAUGAGGCAAAGACUGUGUUUCCCACUUUUGUAGCACUGGUAACCUUUAGUAAGAGCUGCUUAUGGUUGGGCUUUGAAUCUGUAAUCAUUUUUAGUAGUUUUUUUGGUUUAUGGGAUUUUUUUCUCUUCUCUCUCUCUCUCUCUCUCUCUCUCUCUCUCUCUCUCUCUCUCUCUCUCUCUCCCUCUCUCUCUCUGCACUAAGCGUGACUGCACUGUGUUGCACUACUGAGAUGUAUUUAUUCAUGCCAGGAGCGUGUGUUAGGGACGGGAAGAAAGAGGCAAGCUGGGAGACUAGGGAAAUCACAGAGAUGGAGGUUAUUUCCAUUAUGGUCUUAGCAGAGCCAGUGAGAAUCUGUGGAAUUUUUGCCAACUCUUAAUCAAGUCUAGAAACUGCUAGGCUGACAAAAACCUGUUUUCUUAUUGUAUAGAAGUGGGUUAGUACAACAAAUAGAGAAUAUUUUAGAAGAAAUGUAUCCAAUCUUGUUUCCAAAUAAGCAUACAAUAAGAGCCACAAUAGCAAGAAAGCUGCCUGAGCUGACGGGAAGCCUUCAUCUUGGCUCACAAGACAACAUGAAACCUCUCACUAUGGCACACCUUGGUGUUCCUGAAGGUCAUGGUGUCCAUGUUCAGAUAUCCUUUCUAUCCAUGGCAGGACCUAGAUCUGGGUAACCAAAGAGGAAGGCCAUGCACGUGGUGACAUUGUAAGUAACAGCAAGGGAUCAGUGCAAUAAACACUGCCAAACAGUGAGGUGAAAGGCUUAUUCUGAAACAAGGUAGGCCAACUAGGAAACUGGAAGAAGGGUCAGAGGUGUCGUCCGAAUCCACGAGCUGCUCGAGCUGCUCCAUCCUCGACUAUCCUUAAGCAGAGACCUUGAUAGUGCCUAAAAGUUGACAGUUGUUGCAUUUCCCCCCUAACUUUUCAAUUUAUUAUUAUUGCCUUUUUAAAUCUCAGAAGCUCGGAGUUUGACAGCUCUUUAGUAACUAUUAACAAGAGGAUCUUGUAUCACAGGAAAAGCAAUAGACUGUGUGGGGAAUGAAACAAGUGUGAGGAUUCUGAGGGACUCCUCCAAAAUCCCGGAUGACCGCUUUUGAACAGUCUUGUUCACUAAGAAUCACAACCCAUGUUGAGCUAAUGUUGAAUUUCUUUGAACACUGUCCCAUGUGAGGGCAUCAGUUUGGAAAACUCGUAGUUGCAUCACUUUCUCCUUCCUCCUUAUCCUCUGUCUCAGUCUACCUUUCCAAGCUAAAUGUUUCUUCUUAAAUAUACAAAAGUGUCAGCCUUGCUGGGUGAACCCCACAUUAAACCAUCCAGAACCACCUUAAAGAGCCUCUGAGGCACUCAAAGCAUUAUCUGUAUUUCAAAUAGGAAUUCUAAGUAAGAGAUCUUAGCAGAUGCUGAGAAUGCAUCCUGGGAAGGCACAAAGAGGUCAUGGAGACUCCCAACCAAAGCUAUGAGAAGAAAUAACUGGCCUUUUAAAAUACCCUCACAUUGACUAUUCUUGGAUACCUUUCUUGAGGCUUUGGGGGACAAGUUUUUCUUGAAACUUGGAUAUCCAGUCCAGUUCUGUCACCAAAGAUUUUCUUCUCCAGAUCAUAGCCUCCUCUCUCCCAGGCAAAAGUACCAUGACAGGCCUGGGGAUGCUUUCAGUGACUGACAGAGGACACCCUCCUUCUGUUCACAGUAGUAAUCACAGAUCAUGAGCGUAGAGGGCUACUGAACACUCUUGUGACUUGGGAGUUAGUUAAAAGGUUAAAAAAAAUACACAGUACUACUUGACACUGUAAACUGUGCAAAAUACACUUGUAACCUGGAGACUUGUGGAGAGAAAGAAACUUCCAUGGAAGAAAGUGAGUUAAAUCAUUUAGAACCAAGCAAGGAUCAUUGGUGAGAGGGUCAUUGGGCAAUAAGAAACAAGAGCAAGCCAGGGUCAAUGACAGUGGCAUGUGGAAAUGUAGACAACAGGCCAGGGGACUCAAGUCCUGAGAAGCCACAGUGUGGUAGGUCUUUGGUGAUUGCUGAAGUGGUGGAAAUGCUCAUGCCAUAGCAAGGGAAAUAUGUGGAAACAGAUCUGUGGUGAUAGUGCCUUUCUUGUUGUAGCAAGUGAUGUAUUCAGUUAUGCUUGUCUGGACCAUUGCCCCUACCUUCUGAGGAGGUCUGAAGGAUGAAGGGAUAGGAUAUUGCCCCUGGAAUGCUGUGAUUUGAAGAUGUUUGCACUAGAUUCUAAGCUCUCCUUUAAUGAGAGGAUGAGAGAGAGAAAAAAAUGACAACUCAAAGUUAAAAGAAACCCAAAGCAGUGUUUCUUAUAACAUAUUCCUCCUUCACUACUGUAUCUUUCCUCCUUCCCUUUCUUCCUCUCUUCCUUCUCUUUUUCCUCUUCCUCUUAAAGGAAACUUCACAUUUGUUAUUACCAAAUCCAACUCUUAACAAUUCUUUUUCUUUGUUCCCCCGCCCCCAACACUGAACCAUAAGUUCAGCAAUCAGUCACUGACUAGGGAUAGCCAGUAAAGAGCCUCCGCCCUACAGUUUUGCUCACCUUCUCUGCCUUAUCAAGGGUGGGCAGCAGUGAGUGAUGGGAGGAGAGAUGGACUGGACCCACCCAGCUUGUAUGGAAGCCAGUGCGUCUGGAGUUCAUGUCAAUAAAUGAGCUGACACAUAUUUACCCACAACACAUUAUGGUCUGUAGCUCAUUCAAAAGGAUGCUAGAAACAAAAUGAAGCCACUGUGUUUCGGCAUCUAAUGAAGGUAGUGCCCGAAGUUCCCCUGUUCCUUCUCUCUCUUCUUUCCCACCUCAUCACCAUGUCCUCUCCACCAGAAUUAAACUUCAUCUCUGAUAUGUUACCAGAAGAACUCUUUGAUUCCUUGGUUUCUCUCUUUAUCACUAGGAUGGUAACUCUUCCAAAAUUAAAACCAAGCAAAUACUAUUAACAACUCCCUUAUGGUUGGACAGUUUCCCAAGUGGUAUCUGAUCUUGAUAUCAGUUCUGAUAACUUGGUAGUUUUGGCUGGCUCAAACAUCUAUCAACUUUAUUUUCAUUUUGUUUCCAUUUCCAUUUGAAUCUUGAGUGAGAGUGGAAAGGUAGAAUCAUGGGAAAGAUUUGAAGGCUGCAAUUCUAGGGUAUAGCUUGUCAGAAGUCUGUAUUAUCCAAAAUAGAACUUUCUACACUUGUUUCCAAUUUAAUGUUACCCUGAAUAUUAUUUCUAUUACAUUUAUUGUUAUUUUUAUAAAGAUAGAGUCCAUUUGCUAUGUCUAGUUGAGUGCUCUUUUUCUAUUUCCCCACAUGGAUGCAGUACCAACCUGUUACUUAAAUAUCUUUUUAUUAUAUUGUUAAUAUGUAAUUCUACUGUAGACCAAAAAUAUAAAAACAAAUUUGCUCAUUUAAAACAUAUAAAGAAUCUAGUGAGUAAGGAUGAAGAGAAAAGAUGAAGAGCAGUGGUUAACUGUGUUGUUAGAAAUCUAAGAGUAGCCUUACCUAUUUUUAACCAGUGCUUGUCAGUCACACCAUAGUUGGGAUUAUAUUAUCUUGGCUUCUUCAUGCUUAUGUUCUACAAAUCUUGUUUGUCUGUUUUCUCUAAUGUAAUUGAGGUUGCACAUGAUGCUUUUUUUUUUUCUGGCAAUGCCUGAUUUUAUUAUUUUAUUAUCAGUCAUUUCCUUUAGAAGAAUGAGGGGGAAAGUUUUAUUUCUUCUUUUAAUUUAAAUUUUGUUAAAUGCACUGGAAAUAAAAUUGGACACAUUUCACUGUUUAAAAAUCAGAAACAAAGCAAAACCCCAAAGAAAAAACCAGCAAGCAAAUAAGUAAGCGGCACACACAGACAAAAGCUACGGAAAACAAUCUGUUCAUAUGGAAUAUACGAAUAAGCUAUAUCUAACAUGAGAGAUAAAUACUGUCAAGUAAGAAAAACAUAGAGUGUAAGCUACAGUGCAGAAAACUGUAAGAGGAACCUGAGUCUAAAGUGUGGAGAAAAGAGGCCAUUCCUUUCUGAGGAGAGAUCUUGUCAUUAUUCCAAUAAAAACCAACCAAGUUAAAUGUGGAAGAGAUUAAAGAGAGAGUAACUCUGACUUUCCUUACACAUUGGAGCUCUGGGUUACUUUUUAUCACGUGUCUCAGCUACACACACACACACACACACACACACACACACACACACACACACACACACUCUCGCGCUUUUGAGAAGGGUUUGUAAUAUCCAGUGUGAGCAUGUACACAUGUCAGUACUCUGACAGUCCUCAUGCUAAUUCACAUGGUUCUCUGAGGCUUACCAGUGACAUGGAAGACUAUUAGUCACUGAAAUUGGUGUGUGCUAACAAAGCAUUUGAAUCCAGCCUGUUCCCUUCUCCAGCACCCCCCAGUACAAGGCCAGCUGCUGCACACGAGCACACAGUGAGAGCUCAGACACAGGUUACUUCUCUUAGCCAACCGGCUCAUUAUUUGCUUCAAUAUUUGCUGGGUUUUUCUGGUUUUGUUCUGUUUUAGAAUGGGGUGGGAGUAGAUGUAACUUCACAAUCCUAAUACAGUAAAGUUUUGCAUCUUCCAUAUCUUAUGCAAAAACAGACAUUUAAAUCAAUAAAUAAUUGUGCCCUAGACUGAAAGUUAAUGUUUAGGAGAGGGAAAAAAUUGUUGGAAUUUUUUCUACAUUUUUUUGUGAAGAAUCUUUUUUGGAAAGGAAGGAUACAUAUUUUUGUUGUGUAAUAUUUUCUAUUUUUGAAUGCAUUUUAUUGGUACAAGACUGUUUUUUUGGUGAAGACAUUAUUUAAAAAAAGAAAAAAAGAAAAAAACUAAUCGAAAAGUUUGCCCUUAAGGAUAUGCUGCAGUUUUGAGGUUAGAAAAUAAUAACUGAUUCAAGAUGCGUGUUAAAAGUUGGGAUUCUGUUGUUGUUUUUGUAAUUGUUACAAGAAGAAGUUUGUAACCACUGCUGUUUAUUUUGUUUCAGAUGAGUAAGUAAAGGGAUUGUUCUUGUUUUAUUCUUUUUUUUAGAGAAAAAGCUAUUUAUGAAAUGUCAAAAACACUGGACUGUGAGUUUAAGUGUGGAAGCAUUUUUACCACCCUGUGUCUUCAACCAAUUAUGGGAAACCCCUUUUCUCUCCCCCCCUGCCUUAGCCUUGCCAAAUGAGGAAAACAUAACAGCUCUCAGAUGACAGAAGCCUCCGAAGCCCUGCUUUAAUUUUUAUGGUCUAAACAAGUUGGAAAACCAAAGUUAAAUUUGUUUCUGAAAUCCCACUGUCCAUAGCCCCUUUUUUGUAUAACACAGCCGGUCGGCUCUGCCUCUCUAUCUUGGAUCAUUGCCUUCUUAGGAACCUGGGACCAGCUCUGCAGAGAGAGGCCUGAAGGUGGUGAGGUCUCCGGAAGUGAAGGGAGACUUGAGCCUCCCCAGGGCAGCCGAGCCUCUCCAUCCGAGGCCAGGCUGCCAAGAGCACACACAGCUAACAGGUGCCUGGAGGGUUGGCCCCUGUCACCUUCUGCUUCUAAGACCCUCCAGUUAUCAUGGCUCUGCCUUUCUCGGCAGCCCACGUUCCAUUGAUGGGAGGGGACGGGAUCCAAAUCGACAGCAUGGCUGCGGGUGCUGUGAAGACCCCGGCCCUCAGGAGGUAAAGCAAGGGACCACUCAGCACAGGGCUCUUGCCGCUCGCCCGCCCGCCCGCCUCCUCUUUGACUCUGUGGAUUGUCCAUCCAUCUGCUCACUGUGAAGAUGGAGAGGCAGCAUGCCCUGAGGCUGUUCAAUAGCUUUUCCAUAUUUUUUCAACAUUGAAAAAAUAAUUUUUAAAAACUGUGAUAUUUUUUAAAGAAAUCAUUUGGCUGGAGGGAAGGGAAAAGGGAACCACCAAAAGCUGUAACAUGAUUAACUGGAGAUAUUUAUAACUGGGGCACUUUCCAGACCAAGACAAAUAAAUUCUUUUCUGGACCCUAAAGCAGCAAAGUCUUGAGACUGUCAGUGACAAAAAACUGAAGAGAGGCUUCCCUUUCCUCCUCCUUUCUUCUCUCUGUCUCAAAAUCUCUCCUUUCCUUUUCUAGCUUCCCUUGGUAACUGUCCAAUGGGCUUCAUACUUCACAUGUGUGAAAACACAUGCACACACACACACAAACACACAGACACACA